GAGCAAGCAGUUCGUGGCAGAUGAUGGCCUCGCUGCCAGCGGCUCUGACACCUCGUUGCGUCAUGUGCAGAACCGGGAGUCGGGCUUCAGGCUGUGGCAGAUGGCCUCGCUGCCGCCGGCCCUGAUCGCGUUCGACGGGCGCGUUCAGGCGAUCGAGCCGCUGUGGAACCUGCCGGGCCUCGGUUGGCGCGUGCCGCACCCCGACCUUGUGCGGUUCUCCGCCGUCCUGCACUUCAGUGGGCCACGGAAGCCAUGGCUGGAGGUCGCGUUCCCGGAGCUGCGGCAGCUGUGGCUCGCCCACUUGAACGCAUCAGACAGUUUCUUACAAGGAUGUGUGGUGGAAGAGCGGACCAAGAAGGGCAAUGAGAAUCAUGGUUGUCUGUACUUCAAGUGUGCAAGGAAUGGGUUCCCUAAGUUGUGUGGGUACUAUCGAUUCGAGAAGCAGUACUUCCAGCAGAUGAAGGAUCUCAACAUCGUCAUUGUUCAGCCAUCGAACUGGGCAGAGGUGGUGGAAGAAGAAGCUUCAGUGGGGAGUCCAUAUGGUGACAAGCAGAGGAAGGAAUAG